GAAGCCGGUCCCACUGCGGGACACGCCGGCUGCAACAGGCAGAGGGGGCGGCGAGGCUCGGGGCUGAGCUGCCGCGGCGGCCCGACGCCAGGGCGUGGAGCGUCCAGGCGGAGCUCGGGGCUCUGCCCGCGGCACACCUGCCCCUCCAUUCGCACAGCCAAAGCCGCUGCGGGGUCCGCACCCACUGCCCCGCGGGAUCGUGGGACGCCCUGCCAGUCUCAGCUGUCCAUCUCCGCCCUAGCCAGCCAAUCACCCACAACUGUCCCGGCCGCACCUCCCGGAAUCUCUGAUGGACGUGCGGCUCAGCCUAUAAUAUGGGGGCCUCGGCCGCCUGGUCUGGGAGCGGGAGCCAAUGAGCAUCGUUUCAGAGGCGAUUGCCCUUGGAGCUUCCUGUUUACAAUGGCACAGAGAACUGGACUCGAAGAUCCAGAGAGGUAUCUCUUUGUGGACAGGGCAGUCAUCUACAACCCUGCCACUCAGGCUGAUUGGACGGCCAAAAAGCUAGUGUGGAUCCCGUCGGAACGCCAUGGCUUUGAGGCAGCUAGUAUCAAAGAAGAACGGGGAGAUGAAGUUAUGGUGGAGUUGGCGGAGAAUGGAAAGAAAGCAAUGGUCAACAAAGAUGAUAUUCAGAAGAUGAACCCACCUAAGUUUUCCAAGGUGGAGGAUAUGGCAGAAUUGACGUGCUUGAACGAAGCUUCUGUUUUACAUAAUCUGAAGGAUCGUUACUAUUCAGGACUUAUCUAUACCUACUCUGGACUCUUCUGUGUAGUCAUAAAUCCUUACAAGAACCUUCCAAUUUACUCUGAGAAUAUUAUUGAAAUGUACAGAGGGAAGAAGCGUCACGAGAUGCCUCCACACAUCUACGCUAUAUCAGAAUCUGCUUACAGAUGCAUGCUUCAAGAUCGUGAGGACCAGUCAAUUCUUUGCACGGGCGAAUCAGGUGCCGGGAAGACAGAAAACACUAAGAAAGUCAUUCAGUACCUUGCUCAUGUUGCUUCUUCACACAAAGGACGAAAGGACCAUAAUAUUCCUCAGGAAUCACCUAAACCAGUGAAACACCAGGGGGAACUUGAACGGCAGCUUUUGCAAGCAAAUCCAAUCCUGGAAUCAUUUGGAAAUGCAAAGACUGUGAAAAAUGAUAACUCAUCUCGUUUUGGCAAGUUUAUUAGGAUCAACUUCGAUGUAACUGGCUAUAUCGUUGGGGCCAACAUUGAAACAUACCUUCUGGAAAAAUCUCGUGCUGUUCGUCAAGCAAAAGAUGAACGUACUUUUCAUAUCUUUUACCAGUUGUUAUCUGGAGCAGGAGAACAUCUGAAGUCUGAUUUGCUCCUUGAAGGAUUUAAUAACUACAGAUUUCUCUCUAAUGGGUAUAUUCCUAUUCCGGGACAACAAGACAAAGAUAACUUCCAGGAGACGAUGGAGGCAAUGCAUAUAAUGGGCUUCUCCCAUGAAGAGAUUCUGUCAAUGCUUAAAGUGGUAUCUUCAGUGCUUCAGUUUGGAAAUAUUUCUUUCAAAAAGGAGCGAAACACUGAUCAAGCCUCCAUGCCGGAAAAUACAGUUGCACAGAAGCUCUGCCAUCUUCUUGGCAUGAAUGUGAUGGAGUUCACUCGGGCCAUUCUCACCCCCCGGAUCAAGGUUGGCCGAGACUACGUGCAGAAAGCCCAGACCAAAGAACAAGCAGAUUUUGCAGUAGAAGCUUUGGCAAAAGCUACCUAUGAGCGGCUCUUCCGCUGGCUCGUUCACCGCAUCAAUAAAGCUCUAGACAGGACUAAACGGCAAGGGGCCUCCUUCAUUGGGAUCCUUGACAUCGCUGGAUUUGAGAUUUUUGAGCUGAACUCGUUCGAGCAACUGUGCAUCAACUACACCAACGAGAAGCUGCAGCAGCUCUUCAACCACACCAUGUUCAUCCUGGAGCAGGAGGAGUACCAGCGUGAGGGCAUCGAGUGGAACUUCAUCGACUUUGGCCUCGACCUGCAGCCCUGCAUUGACCUCAUCGAGAGACCCGCUAACCCUCCUGGCGUGCUGGCCCUUCUGGAUGAAGAGUGCUGGUUCCCUAAAGCCACAGAUAAGACCUUUGUUGAAAAGCUCGUUCAAGAGCAAGGGUCCCACUCCAAGUUCCAGAAACCGCGUCAGCUGAAAGACAAAGCUGAUUUUUGCAUUAUCCAUUAUGCAGGGAAGGUGGACUACAAGGCAGACGAGUGGCUGAUGAAGAACAUGGACCCCCUGAAUGACAACGUGGCCACCCUCCUGCACCAGUCCUCUGACAGAUUCGUGGCAGAACUCUGGAAGGAUGUGGACCGGAUCGUGGGUCUGGAUCAGGUCACGGGGAUGACGGAGACAGCUUUCGGCUCCGCCUAUAAAACCAAGAAGGGCAUGUUCCGCACCGUUGGGCAGCUCUACAAAGAAUCGCUCACCAAGCUGAUGGCGACGCUCCGGAACACCAACCCCAACUUCGUGCGCUGCAUCAUCCCGAAUCAUGAGAAGCGGGCUGGGAAACUGGACCCACACCUGGUGCUGGAUCAGCUCCGCUGCAAUGGCGUCCUGGAAGGGAUCCGCAUCUGCCGCCAGGGGUUCCCCAACCGGAUCGUUUUCCAGGAAUUCAGACAGAGAUACGAGAUCCUCACUCCAAAUGCUAUCCCUAAGGGUUUCAUGGAUGGCAAACAGGCUUGCGAACGAAUGAUCCGAGCUUUAGAAUUGGACCCAAACUUGUACAGAAUUGGACAGAGCAAGAUAUUUUUCAGAGCUGGAGUCUUGGCACACUUAGAGGAAGAACGAGAUUUAAAAAUUACCGACAUCAUUAUCUUCUUCCAGGCUGUUUGCAGGGGUUAUUUAGCCAGAAAGGCCUUCGCCAAGAAGCAGCAGCAGCUGAGUGCCCUGAAGGUGCUGCAGCGCAACUGUGCCGCGUACCUGAAGCUGCGGCACUGGCAGUGGUGGCGCGUCUUCACCAAGGUGAAACCGCUCCUACAAGUCACUCGCCAAGAGGAGGAGCUCCAGGCCAAAGAUGAAGAGCUGCUGAAGGUGAAGGAGAAGCAGACGAAGGUGGAAGGGGAGCUGGAGGAGAUGGAGAGGAAGCACCAACAGCUGCUGGAGGAGAAGAAUAUCCUGGCGGAGCAGCUGCAGGCAGAGACUGAGCUCUUUGCCGAAGCAGAGGAGAUGAGGGCCAGACUUGCUGCUAAGAAGCAGGAAUUAGAAGAGAUUCUCCACGACUUGGAGUCUAGGGUAGAAGAAGAAGAAGAAAGAAACCAAAUCCUCCAAAAUGAAAAGAAGAAAAUGCAAGCACACAUUCAGGACCUGGAGGAGCAGCUAGAUGAGGAGGAGGGGGCUCGCCAGAAGCUGCAGCUGGAGAAGGUGACGGCAGAGGCCAAGAUCAAGAAGAUGGAAGAAGAGAUUCUGCUUCUGGAGGACCAGAACUCCAAGUUUAUCAAAGAAAAGAAACUCAUGGAAGAUCGCAUUGCGGAAUGUUCCUCUCAGCUGGCUGAGGAGGAAGAAAAGGCAAAAAACUUGGCCAAAAUCAGGAAUAAGCAAGAAGUGAUGAUCUCAGAUUUAGAAGAGCGCUUAAAGAAGGAGGAGAAGACACGCCAGGAGCUGGAGAAGGCCAAAAGGAAACUGGACGGGGAGACCACCGACCUGCAAGACCAGAUCGCCGAGCUCCAGGCACAGAUCGACGAGCUUAAGAUCCAGGUGGCCAAGAAAGAGGAGGAGCUGCAGGGCGCCCUGGCCAGGGGUGACGACGAGACGCUGCACAAGAACAAUGCGCUGAAAGUCGUGCGAGAGCUGCAGGCCCAGAUCGCCGAGCUGCAGGAGGACUUUGAAUCUGAGAAGGCUUCGCGGAACAAGGCAGAGAAGCAGAAGAGGGACUUGAGUGAGGAGCUGGAGGCACUCAAGACGGAGCUGGAGGACACACUGGACACCACGGCGGCCCAGCAGGAACUGCGUACAAAACGAGAACAAGAAGUGGCGGAGCUGAAGAAGGCUCUCGAGGAGGAAACGAAGAGCCACGAGGCUCAGAUCCAGGACAUGAGGCAGAGGCAUGCGACCGCCCUGGAGGAGCUGUCGGAGCAGCUGGAGCAGGCCAAGAGGUUCAAAGCAAACCUGGAAAAGAACAAACAGGGCCUGGAGACAGACAACAAGGAGCUGGCGUGCGAGGUAAAGGUGCUGCAGCAGGUCAAGGCUGAGUCCGAGCACAAGAGGAAGAAGCUGGACGCCCAGGUCCAGGAGCUCCACGCCAAGGUCUCAGAGGGAGACAGACUUAGGGUGGAGCUGGCUGAGAAAGCCAAUAAGUUACAGAAUGAAUUGGAUAAUGUCUCAACUCUUCUAGAAGAAGCAGAGAAGAAGGGUAUUAAAUUUGCUAAGGAUGCAGCUGGUCUGGAGUCUCAGCUCCAAGACACACAGGAGCUUCUUCAGGAGGAGACGCGCCAGAAACUGAACCUAAGCAGUCGGAUCCGGCAACUGGAGGAGGAGAGGAGCAGCCUCCAGGAGCAGCAGGAGGAAGAGGAGGAAGCCAGGAGGAGCCUGGAGAAGCAGCUGCAGGCCCUGCAGGCCCAGUUGACGGAUACCAAGAAGAAAGUAGAUGAUGACCUGGGGACAAUUGAAAGUUUGGAAGAAGCCAAGAAGAAGCUCCUCAAGGAUGUGGAAGUGCUGAGCCAGCGCCUGGAGGAGAAGGCCCUGGCCUAUGACAAGCUGGAGAAGACCAAGACCCGCCUGCAGCAGGAGCUGGACGACCUGCUGGUAGACCUGGACCACCAGCGCCAGAUCGUCUCCAACUUGGAGAAGAAACAGAAGAAGUUUGAUCAGCUGUUAGCAGAAGAGAAGAACAUCUCCGCCCGCUACGCAGAAGAGCGUGACCGGGCGGAGGCAGAGGCCCGAGAGAAGGAGACCAAAGCCCUGUCCCUGGCCCGUGCCCUGGAGGAGGCCCUGGAGGCCAGGGAGGAGGCUGAGCGACAGAACAAGCAGCUGCGGGCGGACAUGGAGGACCUCAUGAGCUCCAAGGACGACGUGGGCAAGAACGUUCACGAACUUGAGAAAUCCAAACGGGCCCUAGAGCAGCAGGUGGAGGAAAUGAGGACCCAACUGGAGGAGCUAGAAGAUGAGCUCCAAGCUACAGAAGACGCCAAGCUUCGCCUGGAGGUCAACAUGCAAGCCAUGAAGGCCCAGUUUGAGAGAGACUUACAGACCAGGGAUGAGCAGAAUGAGGAAAAGAAGCGGCUGCUUAUUAAACAGGUGCGGGAGCUCGAGGCAGAACUGGAGGAUGAGCGGAAACAGCGGGCCCUGGCUGUUGCCUCGAAGAAGAAAAUGGAAAUAGACCUGAAGGACCUGGAGGCUCAAAUCGAGGCAGCUAACAAAGCAAGGGACGAAGUGAUCAAGCAGCUCCGCAAACUCCAGGCUCAGAUGAAGGACUACCAGCGUGAGUUAGAAGAAGCUCGUGCAUCCCGGGAUGAGAUUUUUGCUCAAUCCAAAGAGAGUGAGAAGAAACUGAAAAGCCUGGAAGCAGAAAUCCUUCAGUUGCAGGAGGAACUUGCCUCAUCCGAGCGAGCCCGCCGACAUGCUGAGCAGGAGAGAGACGAGCUGGCGGAUGAGAUUGCCAACAGCGCCUCUGGCAAGUCUGCACUGCUGGAUGAGAAGCGGCGUCUGGAGGCUCGGAUCGCACAGCUGGAGGAGGAGCUGGAGGAGGAGCAGAGCAACAUGGAGCUGCUCAACGACCGCUUCCGCAAGACCACACUGCAGGUGGACACGCUGAACACUGAGCUGGCAGCUGAGCGCAGCGCUGCCCAGAAGAGCGACAAUGCACGCCAGCAGCUGGAGCGGCAGAACAAGGAGCUGAAGGCCAAGCUGCAGGAGCUAGAGGGCGCUGUCAAGUCCAAGUUCAAGGCCACCAUCUCUGCCCUGGAAGCCAAGAUUGGGCAGCUGGAGGAGCAGCUUGAGCAGGAAGCCAAGGAAAGAGCCGCCGCCAACAAACUAGUCCGUCGUACCGAGAAGAAGCUGAAAGAAAUCUUCAUGCAGGUUGAAGAUGAACGCCGCCAUGCUGACCAGUAUAAAGAACAGAUGGAGAAGGCCAACGCCAGGAUGAAGCAGCUCAAACGGCAGCUGGAGGAAGCAGAGGAAGAAGCCACACGUGCCAACGCAUCUCGGCGCAAACUCCAGCGGGAACUGGACGAUGCCACCGAGGCCAACGAGGGCCUGAGCCGCGAAGUCAGCACCCUGAAGAACCGGCUGAGGAGAGGCGGCCCGAUCAGCUUCUCCUCCAGCCGAUCAGGCCGGCGCCAGCUGCACAUUGAGGGUGCAUCCCUGGAGCUGUCGGACGAUGACACAGAAAGUAAGACCAGUGACAUCAACGAGACGCAGCCGCCACAGUCCGAGUAAGUCCAAGGAAGCUGGAGGAGGCGAUACCGCAGGGCAUGUAGGAAGUCACCUGCGCCCCCACCUUGGGGCCUCCUGCAGAUCUGGGGAACCGGCAAGCUGCGAGACUCCUUCCUGAGAGAUCAACUGUGUCUUAAGGCCUCAUGGCCUACACACACGUCUCCUGCUUCAGAUUUAGGUACAAUUGCUCCCCUUUUUAUAUAUAUAUAUAUAUAUAUACACAAAACCUACACAUAUUAAACAGAUCGCCUCAUCAUUGCAUCUAUUUUCCAUAUAUCCACCAAGAGACCAUUUUAUAAUACAUAUUAAGAGAACCCUUUUUCAAACAAACGCCAGACCCGCUGCCAGUCGCUGGGUCAUGGGGCCACCUAGCGGUUGCAGCCCCAUCGCUCUGCAUGCUCUGUCGUACAGACAGCUCUUAGUUCUGUGUUCACGUGGCCCCUGCCUCUGCAGCCACAUCAAGUCCCUUAGAACGUUGUGGAACCUAAACUGCACCUGUAGCUCUCAUUUCCUUCAGAUAAUGAUUGACACUAUUUCAGUGCGCAAACUGUGAAAGGGGCUUCAGCGAGAUGGGGGGUGGGGUGGGGGAAGCAGCAUCCGUGGGGUUGCAGUGCCCCUCUCCCUCAAGUCGUGGGGUCCCCGCAUCUCUUCACGUGAACUGUCUUCAGCCAGGGCUGCUCUGUGCCGACAGGACAGUGGCCACGAUGCAGCUAAGGCCCAGGGGCAGCCAUCACAGUGACUUCUAGAUGGCCUGCUCCUCGCAGCCACAGGCCAGAGCAGAAGCUAGGGGGACACCCUUCCUCGCCAGCCAGGCUCUCAUGCUGACCUUGCAAAUUCAGCCGCUGCUUUGAGCCCAAAAUGGGAAGAUUGGUUUUGUGUCCGAGACUUGUUCAAGUCUGUCAGUGAGGGGGACAGCACCUCGGGAACAGAGGCCACCUGCCUGAAUGUUGACAUGCCAGUGGAUGACUCCUUUUUCAUUUCUCCCUCCCCACACCCUCGGGACAGUGUUACAGUAAACAUUUAGCAUUCUGUUUGGGGUUGAUAGUUAAUCAAACUGACAUUACAGAAAGUGCCUUAGACACUACAGUACUAAGACAAUGUUAAAUAUAUUAUUUGCCUCUGUAACAAUUUAAUGUAUUAAGUUUUGACUGUGCUUCUUCAUAUCAUGUACCUCUCUAGUCAAAGUGGUAUUAUAAACAUUCAGUGACAAUGAAUCAGUGUUAAUUAUAAAUCCUUGAUCCUCUGCAAUGUGCUUGAAAACACAAACCUUUUGGGUUAAAAGCUUUAACAUCUGUUGGGAAGAAUUUGUCAUGUGGGUUUGGAAUCUUUGAUUUUUUCCCCCUUUAUGAAUUGUACUGGCUGUUGACCACCAGACACCUGACUGCAAAUAUCUUUUCUUGUAUUCCCAUAUUUCUAGACAAUGAUUUUUGUAAGACAAUAAAUUUAUUCAUUAUAGAUA